CCAGUGCUACCAAAUUUGUCAAACAUGGUGGCGCUAUGCGCCUAAAGCGGUCUCCAGGGCCAAUAGUAGUCAGCAGCAGCCGCAUUCUGUGUCUAACGCUACAGAAGUGAACAGGGUACAGAAUCAUUCACUUGAGCUACAGACAGCAGUCGGAGGUGAGGAAAACGCACCCUUCAGAAACUGCUUAAUCAUUAGGCCCAGCAUCAUUUUGGACUGGUAAAGGGAGGUUAUCGCCCAGUUGACUUGUGACCAGGAGAAGUGGAGAGACGAAUAUCAUUCAUGGAAAUAAAAUAGAACCCUCUGUUUCUUGGCACCCUUUUUUCAGUUUGACAGACGUCUGCGAGAUUUUUGAAGCCUCAACAUGGCUGAGGUAACCAAUUUGAAACCAACAUAUGAGGUGUCCCCAGUGCUGGCAGGCUUCCUUGGAGCAGGGGUGUUGGUGGUCUCCGUCACCGUGGCUGUAUUCCUCUGGACCUGCUGCCAGCGGCGCUACCAUCGGAUGACGGGCACCCACAAGUCAGGACACUGCGACCCACUCCUUGAUCCACCCUACAAAUUCAUCCACAUGCUUAAAGGCAUCAGCAUCUACCCUGAGACACUGAACAACAAGAAGAUCGUCCGUGUGGGUCGGCGUGCAGGAACUUCGCUGAGCGAGGUGUCCAGAGGAGAGUUGAGUCACGGCAGAGAGCGAGGGAAAGGGAGAGGAGGGAGGGUUUUGCUGGUAGAUGCUGACCCCAAGACAGGGCUUCUCAGAGGGUCCUCUCACCUGCAGAUGAGCGACCUGACGAAGAGAGUUGGUCAGCCCAGGUUAGAGCGGGCUCUGCCCAUCCGUGCUGAUUACUGCUGUCUGGAGAGCAACUCUGGGGGGAACAGCAGCAGCAGUAGCUGUGAUGCCAGUAAAACCGUCUCGCCCUACACGCCAUACCUGGGUGAGAUAUCGCCACCCGCCUUACUGGGCACCCUGUGCCUAGCAGUAGAUUAUAACUUCCCUAAGAAGGCUCUGGUGGUGACUAUCGUGGGUGCCAAGGGGCUACCUGCUGUGGAUGAGCAGGCAGGCAGCUCCGAUCCUUAUGUGAAGAUGACAAUCCUGCCAGAGAAGAAGAACAGAGUCAAAACACGUGUGUUGAGGAGGACCCUGGAUCCGGUGUUUGAUGAGACGUUUACCUUCUAUGGAAUAUCCUACAGCUCCCUGCCCGAGCUCACGCUCCAUUUCUUGGUGCUCAGCUUUGACCGGUUUGCCCGUGAUGACGUCAUUGGGGAGACGGCCGUGUCCCUCGCUGGGCUGGACCCCAGUACAGGACGCGUCCACAUCACCCAGCCCAUCAGGAAGCAGCAUGUCCAGUGUUUGAGCCGUGGCGAGCUGUUGGUGUCAUUGUCCUACCAGCCUGUCACUCACAGGCUGAAUGUGGUAGUUCUCAAGGCCAAACACUUGCCCAAGAUGGACGUCUCAGGCCUGUCAGGCAAUCCCUACGUGAAGGUGAACGUGUAUUAUGGCCGCAAGCGCAUUGCCAAGAAAAAGACACAGGUAAAGAAGUGCACGCUCAAUCCGGUCUUCAACGAGUCCUUCAUGUACGACAUGCCAGCUGAGCUACUGGGUGAUGUCUCUGUGGAGUUCCUGGUGGUCAACUUUGACCGCACCACCAAGAACGAAGUGGUGGGCUGCCUGGUGUUGGGGGGCCAGAGCCCCAUGCCCCCGGGUGUCAUUCACUGGAGGGAGGUUUGUGACAAUCCUCAGCGACAGAUCGCCAAGUGGCACAACCUGGGCGAGUUUUAGAACUGCUCCAUGUGUAACAAUGUUUCGUAUCUCAGUUGCUGAAAGUCAAGUGGUUUCUGUUCACUGUCAAUCUCAAACCAUUCUCCCCCCUCCUUGGGAAGAGGUGUCAAUGGUGUGUUGAGGUUAGGCAUUUGCAGUUCACACCAGAACAGUGCAUUGUUGAAACCCUCCCAUUUCCACAUCUUGCCCCACACAUCUCUAUAUUGGUGGAUACAGUUCAAUAUAUUACUUGCAUGCCUGAACAGUAUAACACUGUACCUUGGGGAAAUGUGGUCACAGAUUGAAAUUCAGUUAUGUCAUUUGGUUUAUUUGUCUUUUGAUUCAUUGGAGGGGAACAGUACCUUGAAACUACACAGAACUGAUCUUAUGAAGUCUGGGCUAUGUUGCUUUGUAUUGAUAUAUGGCUGUUUAACAAGCGGAGGAACAACUUUCUUUUGCGAGACCGUUAUAACUGUAAGAGGCUGCUUUUAAUGGGUGUUAUUAUGUAAAGAGAACUUCCUUUUUAACUGGUUUGAUAUAUUGCAUACAUCAACUGCAGGUCAGGCUACUUUCAAGUUUUAUGUAGAUCUGUCUAUCCUCAAUAUUUUAUGGCAGCACUGAUAUUAAAAAGCUAAUGUAAGAGCUUUUCAUGUGUUCAAAAAUUAUGAUUGGCUUGACAAACUUUCCUCCCAUUUAACAAAAUGGAGACACUGUAAGCAUUGCUCGGUAUUAAUCAAAUUGUUUUUGUUCCAAAACAUUUAAUAUCCUUUGCUUAGAGGUCUAAGGUGCCUCAGUAGCACUCCAUCUCCUUGUUGUCUCCUUGCAUACCCCUGCUUAGCAAUCAAAUCGGCUGAGAUGAGAUUGUACUUAAACUCACUCACUUUAGUACUGCUAUUGUCAUGACCACAUAAGGUAUUGGUCAUUGUAACUUAAACAGUCCCAGUGUGAAUGGACUAUUCUGCUGUAGACCACUGGACAUGCAACGCUGUAAUGUGUGGUGUGUGUGUGUGGUGUGUGUGGUGUGUGUGUGUAGUGUGUGGUGUGUGUGUGGUGUGUGUAGUGUGUGUGUGGUGUGUGGUGUGUGUGUGUGUGGUGUGUGUAGUGUGAAUGGACUAUUCUGCUGUAGACCACUGGACAUGCAACGCUGUAAUGUGUUCUCUGCAUGUCAGUACUCAAUCACCCAGAAAGCCUAGCUGUGAGAUAUUGCAAUGCCACUGAUUAUUUACAUUUAGUCAUUUAGCAGACGCUCUUAUCCAGAGCGACGUACAGUAAAUACAGGGACAUUCCCCCGAGGCAAGCAGGGUGAAGUGCCUUCACCACAACGUCAGUUGGCAUGACCGGGAAUCGAACUGGCAACCUUCGGAUUACUAGCCCGAUUCCCUCACCGCUCAGCCACCUGACUCCCUGAUUAUAACAAGUAAUCAUAAGUUUGGUUUUGAACUUCAUUUUACAUUUCACAAACUGUAAUACAUACGACAAUACUUAUAUUUAUUUUAACCAUCAUAGAUGCCUUGAUACAGUCUAAACUUGUGUCAGUGUCAGUUCCUGUUGUAGUGUCCUCUCUUGUCCUUGCACAAGUCCUCUGUCACAUUUCAUCAAGGGAUUUUUGAAGCUUAUCUGAAUAAUAGAGAUCAAAGAACCCCUAGCUGUCAUGGUUUACUUUCUCGUUGUUGUAUGUAUACAGAGUUUCCUACUAUAUGCUAGCUGCUCAGCACAAGUGCAUGCAACUGCUCUUUAAGCUCAAAGCACUUGAUUAAAUGGUCUUGAUAAAGCCAUGCUAAAACUGUGUCCCUACAAAGAGAUACAAUAUACUAGUGAAGUGAAUUUUUUUUAACAUGUUUUUCAAAUUGUGCUUGGUAUUCAAAAGCUUGUUUGGUAAAUGUUAAAAACCACAGAUGUAUUCAUGUACAGUAGCCUACCUGACUUAACAAUGCAGGUUCAGUGGGAGUGUUGGGUAUUGGGUAUAGCAAGGGUUAGACCAAGGAGAGAAUAAUGUGUACUGUGCACUGAUUCUUAAAGCUUUGCUAAGUGGUCAUUUUAUAUUAGCUCUCUGAAAGGCCUGAUGCUAUACUUUUUGUUAUUUGCUUUGGCUAAUUUGAUGAAUGUGUUUAUAUUUGAGCUAAGCCUUGGAUCAUCUCAUAAUACUUUUUUCUUCUUUCAUUUGGAAAUAUUGUAUUGUAUAUAGGUUAUAAUUGUGCUUUUUAUAUCAAGUUGACAUAUUUAUACAACAUACUUAUACUUAUCAUUUUACUGAGGUAAAAUGUAAAAGUUUCUCCCUUCAUUCAUAUUCGUUUAUUUUAUUUUAUUUAUCUCUAAUGAAGCCAUCAGAAAGAAAUGAACCUAUGUUCUUGGUUUGCCUUCCUACAUGAACUCAUAAAAUGUACAGAAACAGUUUCAAUGUAAUCUAUACAUCAAGGCAAUUUAGGUAAAAAUAAGAGCUCUCAAAGAAACACUACAAACCUGUUAUGUUCUCAGAGGUUUCCGCUUGUUUCCUAGUUGGCUAAUUUGCAAAAUAUAAUAUUUAAUAAAACGUUGCCUGUGUUCCAUAUGCUUGAUCAAAUUUUAGCAUUUACAUUUCUUUGAGUUUUUAAUAUAUUUAAGUCUAUGUAGGAUGUGAUUGAGUUUUGUGGACAGGACAGGAACAAGGUGAACUCCCGGAGAGAACAAGUCUAGCCAUACUAGCCUCAAUUGAGUUUAGUAAUGGCACAGAUAAGUGGUGGGUGGUGGCUUACGUAUGUGUGGUGUUUUCAGCAUAUGUCACUCUGAAUUUAGUGAUCACGUAUCCUAAUUUUGAGUGUGAUCUCACUAUUUUAAUUAUUUGGAAUAAAGCCUAGAGAUUAUGAAACGUUUUAGCUUUGUGAAUUUAAACAACCACACACACAAACACUUAUUUUUACCGCAGUUUAAAUUGAAAGUUAUGUUUUUGCUGAAAUAAUAAAUAUGAAUUAUUACACUUUAAACAAAACAUACACAGAUACUCUUUGUUGUGAAAUCUCCUAUAUUCCACGUUAAAGUUAACGUGUCAGUCACUUUAGUCUUGGUUACCCAGGACCAAUAUAAAACCAUAUCCUGUUCCUGUUCCUUGUUUCUCUUAGUAAAUAAAAUGAACACUACAAAUAAUUGGAAUGAUGUGCCCACAAUCACUGAAUACCUUAAAAAUGGUCAGAAUCUAUCUUUUAUGUACCAUUGCAUAAAGCCAUUUUUCUUUUGGGGAUUUUGAUUUUAGAAAUGUUUAAUAUAACAUUGUGUAAACAUUACAGUGUGUUCCCAAGUUCUAAAAGGCAGACACACUACCUGUCCCUUUGUUAGGUAACAAACCAAGGGGCAUUUUUUUUUGGUAAAUGUCCAAUAUUAGUUAUAAUUGAUCAUUUGCCUUGGUUAUAAUUAAAGGAUUGCAGGUUUUAGUGGAUAAAUGCAACCCAAGACAAGUAGCCUACUCUGACCAAUCUGCAUCAUUCUAUAAAAUCUAUGCUAAAAAUAUAACACUGAUGUUAACUUGUAUGUUCAAUUUGUAAAAACAUUGAAAGUACAAAUAAAAAGCUCCUGGACUAA